AUGAUGGAUGACAGCAACCUUAACGCUGUCUUCUACGAACAUUUAACGAGAAGCCUUCAAAAAAGCUUAGCUGGAGAUCUUCAGAUGGGUCGGUGGGCGACAAGUGUCCAGCCGGGUGACUGCUUCAUUCUUGCCAGUUUCUAUUUGAACUGCCUUGUUCACAUAAUCGAAGUGGGGAACGGUUUUGUAACGUUCCAAUUGCGUGGUCUCGAAUUUCGUGGUACAUAUUGCCAUCAAAGAGAGGUGGAAGCAAUAUCUGACGACCAGACAAAGGAACGGGCUGUUGCUGCUGUGCUCCAGGAUAUCUGCCGGGUUUCUUGUCGCCUUAACACUGCGUGGAGUCUGCGCUGGCUAGCCUGGGAGGUUGUUACUGGAAAGUACAUAAUUGAUGGUUAUUCAAUUACUGACAACUCAGCUGUUAAUCUACUGCAAGUUCAUGAAUUGAGACGUCUUCUCGUCACUCUUUAUGUGAAAUGCAUAGUCUACUAUGCUCUGACAUCGAGCAAGUUGCAGAAUUGGCUGGCCAAUGAGACUGUGCGCAGUACUUUGGAGCCGAUCGUGGCUAAUCCUCGUUAUGCAGAUGUCGAUCACCUGGGAUUUCGCGGUCUAGUUUCUCGGAAUGGUAUUCCAUGUGGAUCACACACUUGCUUGAACAAGAGAUCAGAACGAAAUGCUGAUGAGGAAUUAAAUGCGGAAUACGUCACUUGUCUCUGCUUUGUUCUGUCACUUCUUGGUCGUCGAGCUCUCGGUGCAGCAUCUUAUAAUCGCCAUUCGAAUGCUGCCGAAUCGUUCCUUUGUGGUCUACAUGCAUUGUUUAAGGGAGAUUUU